CCUAUUGGACUGUACUGCACCAGCAGCGCAUCUGAUUGGACGACAGACUUCACUCGCGUUUCCUUCCUGUUCCUCUGUGGGAGAGAGUUUACACGAGUGGAGGAAAGUUGUGGAAGCUGGUGGCUCCAGUACAGAAGAAUAGAAUGAAAUAAACAUGAGGGCCGGCUGGUGUGGUUUGGUACACGCUCUUGCUGUAGUGUUGAUCCUCAGCACAGUUUCUGGAAGUUUCCGUGAGUUUGAGAGUUUGAAUAAUCUGCGGGUGAAAGUAAGUGAUAAAACUCAAGCUGGAGCAGUGCUGGAUCUGCUGAGGAGGCUGAUAGGUGACAGAUCUCGGGAGUUUAUUGUGUCUGUUAACGGCUCUCUAUCCGCGGAUGGGCUGGAUGUGUGUGAACUCCGAUCCGUGAAAAACGAUCGCAUUUUGGCGGUGGGCAGCACCGGGGUGGCGACAGCGACUGGCAUCUAUAACUAUCUGAAGUACUUCUGCAACUGCCAAGUGUCGUGGUCUGGAGAUCAACUGCACCUACCUACACCUCUCCCCUCGAUUACUGGAGUCCUGAGGAUCAACACCCAGCACAGAUUCAGAUAUUAUCAGAAUGUCUGCACUCAGAGCUACUCCACCGUGUGGUGGGACUGGCAGAGAUGGCAACGAGAGAUCGACUGGAUGGCUCUGAAUGGCAUCAAUUUGCCACUGGCAUUUACUGGACAGGAGGCCAUCUGGCAAAAGGUUUACAUGUCACUGGGUUUAAAUCAGACAGAGAUCGAUCAGUUCUUCACGGGUCCGGCGUUCCUGGCAUGGAAUCGGAUGGGAAAUCUGUUCGAGUGGGGCGGCCCUCUGCCUCAGUCCUGGCACGUCCGGCAGUUCUCACUGCAGUUAAAAAUCCUGGAGUGUAUGAGAGCGUUCGGAAUGACCCCUGUACUGCCAGCGUUCUCAGGGAUCGUACCUCGUGGAAUCAGCCGCCUGUUUCCAGAAGCGAAUGUGACCAAGCUGGAUCCCUGGAGUCAUUUUAACUGCACUUACUCCUGUGCGUAUGUGCUGGAUCCACGAGAUCCACUCUUCCAGCACAUCGGCUCUCUCUUCCUGUCUCAGGUCAUUAAAGUGUUCGGGACAGACCACAUCUACAACACUGACACUUUUAAUGAGAUGACGCCCUCCUCUUCUGACCCAGCGUAUCUGGCUUCCGUUAGCCAUGCUGUAUACAGCACCAUGACAUCAGUGGACCCAAAAGCGAUUUGGCUGAUGCAGGCAUGGCUGUUCGUUCACAAUCCAGAUUUCUGGAAGCCUCCUCAGAUCGAAGCUCUGCUCCAUGGCGUACCUCAGGGGCGUAUGAUCGUCCUUGACCUGUUUGCCGAGUCCAUGCCUGCCUACAACUUCACCCAGUCCUUCUACGGCCAGCCCUUCAUCUGGUGCAUGCUGCACAACUUCGGAGGCAACAGCGGCCUGUUUGGCGCUGUGGAGCAGGUCAACUCGGGGCCUUUCGAGGCCCAGCACUUCCCAGGAUCCACUCUGGUUGGGCUGGGAAUCGCACCAGAGGGCAUCGAACAGAACCCGGUCGUGUACGAGCUGAUGACUGAACUGGCGUGGCGCAAGGAAGCCGUCAACCUGAGCAAAUGGGUGUCGUUGUACGCUAACCGCCGCUACGACACCACCAACGAGAGCCUGGUGCUGGCUUGGCGGCUGCUUUUCCGCAGCGUGUACAACUGCACCAUUCCCGGCUACAAGAACCACAACAAGAGUCCUCUGGUGCACCGACCGUCUCUGAAGAUGCAGACGGACAUUUGGUACGAUCCCGCUGACGUCUAUGAGGCCUGGCGGCUGAUGCUGGAAGCUGCACCUUCGCUAAUGUCAGUCGAAACGUUCAGCUACGAUUUGGUGGACGUGACGCGCCAGGCUCUUCAGCAUCUCACCACACAGUUCUACCAGGAAAUACGAGACGCAUUCCAGGCCCAAAAUCUCUCUGAACUCCUGACUGCUGGAGGCGUGCUCAUCUACGACCUCCUACCCGAACUGGACCACCUCCUCUCCAGCGAUGCCCACUUCCUGUUGGGGACGUGGCUGGAACAGGCGCGGUCGUUAGGUAUGGACGAGCAGGAGGCGGAACUGUACCAAAUAAACGCCAGGAACCAGAUCACACUGUGGGGACCCGACGGAAACAUCCUGGACUACGCUAGCAAAGAAUGGGCAGGGCUAAUAAAAGAUUACUACAUGCGGCGCUGGAGUCUGUUUGUCACCAAGCUCGUGGAGUGUGUGGACCGAGGCCAGCCUUUUAAACAGGAUGUUUUCAACCAGGCUGUGUUCCAAAUCGAGAAAGGUUUCGUCUACAACCAGGUGAAGUACCCGUCAAAGCCGAGUGGAAAUACUUACGAUGUGGCUCAUCGGAUAUUUCUUAAAUAUUAUCCACACGCUCUGAAGAGGUUAAAGCUACAAAACACCAAAACGUCCGAAACGCUGGAUAAUGAAGUCUGACAUCAAGGACAAUUAAGGACAAUUAUUUUAGACUUUGUCAGUUCUUGGAAUUUUAUGGUUGGGUCCAGUUAUACUAAUGGGCAGACACUAUACGGCCAAAAGUCUGGGACACCCCUCCAUUAUUAAAGACUCCAAUUAGGUUUUUACAGAGCCCUGUCCUUAACCCUGUUGAUUUCCAGCAAGGGCUUAACAUCCAGCAUCAGUGCCUGACCUCAUAAAUGACUAAACGGCCACAAAUGCCAAAAUGUCAUGAAAAGCCAUUCAAGAGGAGUGGAGACUGUUAUAGUUUACAGUUUUUACAUUGAACAGUUUAAAACAGUAGACACUAGACAAUGUGGUAGGACUGAUGUGAGCAAAAAUAUUGCUUUGAGCACUGUCACCUCACAGCAAGAAGGUCCUGGGUUCAAUUCCCAGGUGGAGCGAUCUGGGUUCCUUUCUGUGUGGUGUUUGCAUGUUCUCCCUGUGUUCAAGUGGGUUUCCUCCAGGAGUUCCGGUUUCCUCUUACAGUCCAAAAAUAUGCAUCAGGUAAACUGGAGAUACUAAUUGCCCUUAGUUAUGUGUGUGUGUGUGUGUGUUAAGGUGUGAAUGUGUUUGUGUGUCUGCCCUGAGAUGGACCAGUGUUCUGUCCAGGGUGUUUCUGUGUGCCUUGCGCCCAUUGAGAGCUGGGAUAGGCUCCGGUACCACCCAUGACCCUGAUUAGGAUAAGCAGGCCAAAGAGUGAGUGAGUGAAUAACACAGGCUGGUUUGUUUAUGAGGUUUAUAAGCUUGGUUCCCACAAUCCUCUGUGCAGUCUUAACUAUUGUUAUCUUAAUAUUUAUCUUAAUAGUUCACUGUGAUCAUUUUUGCUUGUUUAUAUAUUUUCUUAUUGCAUUCCUCCUGAUCUAGUCAUUUCCAGAAUUCCCACUUUAAUUUCUCUGCCUCUUGCUUCUACCCAACACUGGCUUAUUAGAGCUGCAGACUAUCACCUACCCCCUCAAACGUGUAAAGUCUCUAGCUGUACUUCAGCCAGCAGUAAAUUCUUAAAAUGAGUCCUACCACAUACAGUCACGCUAUGCCCUACGUGUAUCCUUCAUUACUUUUAUUGGUGCCUUAACCAGAUAACAGAGGCUGCUAUUGCAACAAUGAAGACGUCCCUAUCUGACCUCUUUUUCCUCAGACAGUGUUGUUGUGUGUGUUAAGUACCUGGUCACGUCACUCCCGAGGCUUGAGAGCUUGGUGAGUGUGAACUGUCUGCAAUAGUAGGCUAAAGUAUUAGACUGCUGUGCCACCUGAGCGCACAACUAUAAUAUUUUACACACAUUCCACUUUCAGUUUUGAAUCUCAGGUAUUGUAGUUGCUGCCUUAUUAAUGAAGUUACAAAUAAUUGCAUAAAUGAUUUAGAGCACUGUGGAAAUGUUCUAAAGCAGGGUCGUGUCACUACUAGUGCUCUGAUUUGAUUGUUCAGGGUAUAUUUUAAGAAAUGCAUGAAAAAUACAAAGAUUUAAAAGCAAAACGAAAAUACUCUAAUAUACACCAUCCACUGUAUAUGCCAUACACAUGAUUUAUUGGUCAUUUUAAUUUGUCUUUAAACUCCUAAUGCAGUACCAUCUAUGUCAUAAACUACAAUCAAAUAAAAAAUCUAAUAAAAAUGUUUUCACCCUAACAGACCUAAUAAUGGGUAUUUUAUAUAUGCAUAGACAGUGGUAGUCUACUGGGGAAAGUUGAAUGUUAUCAAAUAAAUGGUUCUGGGUUUGAAUCCUGAAUCUGCUAUGCAGCCACUGUUUGGUUCUUAAACAAGGCCCUUAACCCUCUCAGCUCCUGGGGUGCUGUACAAUGGCUGCCCCUGCACUCAGACUUCAGCUUUCAAAUAAGCUGGGAUAUGUGAAUAAAGAA